CUCAGCCAGUGAGUUCGUAUCGGUUCGGAUCGGUUGGUCGGCGUCACGUUUUUCAGCCCGAAAGUAGCGCAGGUUACUUAAAAAUACCAAAAGCGAGAAAAUUGGAACAGCCUCUGCUCGCUGGCCGCAGUUUCUUAGUUUUAGCUUUUCCGAAUUUUCCGACUCUCCUAUCCGGCAUUCUCCGUUCGCAUCUGGCGCGGGUAAAACGAGCAGCUGCUUCAUUCCUCAGUCGACUAUUGUUGGCCGCGCGAAAAACAUGAAAUUGAAAAUCAAUCUGACGUUCCUCUGCGCGACACUCGUCGGCCUCCUGUCCAUCAUCCUAUUGACACAGACCGCGGAAAUCGAGGCCUUUGGAGGCGGCAGCUCUGCAAAUGGGGCAGUGGUGUCAUGCAAAGAGCUGAACAAUGUCAACUGCUACGUGGGCCGGAAUGAGGGGAACUUCUGCAGCAGCAAGGACAAGACCAAGGUUGAAACCCGUUGGUAUUUCGACAAGGGCAUCUGCAAGCCCUUCAACUACAAAGGAUGCAACGGCAAUCGCAAUCGAUUCUGCUCGCAGGACAGCUGCGAGUCACGCUGCGCCGACUGAUUGGCAUCAGCGGAUAUAUCCCUCCUUACCUAGUAUAUAAGUUUGUACGCGUAUGUUUAGGCUAAGAGCAAAUAGAGAUCGCACCGCACACUAAACAAAAUAACACGUCAUUUAAAUAUACAUUCAAUGGUUCCAAAAUUCAACUAUACAACAUUUUUCAGAGUUUUUUAAAAUUUAUUUUAAAUAUCCUAAACAUUUAUAAAUUUGGGAUAGUACAUUUUAAAAUCUUACCUUUUCUAAAAAAUAAUAUAAUUGAUCCCCAUUCUUGUUCUGAUUAAUGGUUCCAAUAUUAAAAUCUUUAAAAUUAGUUUGAUCAUUUUUUAAUUGGCUUUUAAUUACCUACAAAUUAUUUCGCUAGUUUUAAAAAUCAGAAUCUUUUGCAAGAAAAUUCUAGUUACUUGCACAUUUUCCCUUUUAACUAGAAAAUCAGGGAGUUCCUAAACAUUUGACAAGCACAUUUAUAUUAAGGACAUUUAUUUCACACAUCCUGAACUUAUAGUUUUAGAAAUUAAUGCUUUUACUAAGAGUUUAAAUAAAAAGCGCAUAAAAUUAAAAAACAAAAAAA